CUAGCAAAGGUCUCAUCCGUCACUGAAAACCCCCAUCACAAAACAACCUUGAAGCUAGCCGCGACUGCAUGUACCGGCGUCAGCUCGACAAACGAACAUGCCUACCUACCAACCUGCCUACCAAGGUGGUCCACGAACCAAAGGCCCCUGGUCAAUUCUUGAAUGCCACCAUCCGCCUUAGAUCCUGGGCUUGGCUCUUCACUGACGGACGACCCUCGAUUCUGGCCUACGUAGACUAACACUGGUUGAUACCUUGGGUAUGGUGUUGCGCCGGUCUCGCUCGAUUCUCAAGUUGCCGCUGACUGCCGAUUUCCCCUCCAACGUUGACCUAAAGGUUGCCUUUUACCCAAACCGGCAACGGCGAUCUCUCAUCGCUAACCAGCUGUCUCUUCUCCCCUGUUUUAGAGUUGAUUGACCCCCAUUUCGUCCUCUUCACCAACCCAUCACUGUCCGUCCUUAUCAACCCUCGGUCCCCCCCCGUUCCCAUCUCGGUUUUCUAAACUCUUUCUUCUUCUCUCUCUUCCCCCCUUUACUCCAUCUAUCGCGGCUUCUUUGUUCUCAUUUUUAGGAUUGUUCGCCUCAUAGAAAACGCUCUCGGCAGCCCACAACUAUCUAAGCACCAUCCCACCAUCAAAUUCACGUGAAACGCUGUUGCUGCCAUUCUCGAACCACUCUGGCGCCAUUACCUCGCAUAUCUCCCCAUAUCACAACAUUUUCAAAACUAUAACUACCGACGGCAGCCGUCGUCUUUAGUCGCCCAUCAUGUCUACAGACACAGCACCCCCCAACAAUAACACCAACGCCGAAAUGUACACACGCAACAGACGAGGAUCAAUCACCCAGGCCGCAUUGACCAAUCUCUUUCAAAGAGGGAACUCAGUUCCCAACGGCAACGGCUUUCCAAAUCAGUCCUCGGGUCCAGUUGACACUGGUCGUCGACGUCUCUCCGUUACCACACUUGGUCUUUCGGGCACUUCGCCCACCAACACCUCUUUCAUUCGUCGAGGCAGCAUGUCGACAAACUCCAACAACUCAGACUCUAUUGAUGAGAAUGCCAUCGACGAUGACGACAUGUACUCCAAGACUGCACCCACAACACCAUUCGUUCGACGAAUGAGCUUUGGCACUUCGAACAUGCGCAACAUUCGCCCAAAUGGAAGCCCUGGCAAUGACCAGCAAGGUUUCAACUGGUCCGAGCAGCUUAGGUCUCGUGCCGAGAGUUCCGUCAUCGGUGCUCCUCGGGCUUCCUUCUCGCUCGCCUCCUCCUCCCCACCCCGGGGCUCCAUUCACGACCGGGCGAAAUCUGUUUCUGAGAUGCCGCAGCCUCCUGCCCAGGCUUCUUCUGUCAAGCAGCCGCCCAGACAGCCUGAAAGACCAAAGCCUGAUGCCUUUCAGGAGAGAAUUUUGAAGGGUGACUUCUACAUGGACUGAAAGCAUCCACGCCUCAGAUACAUGUUCACUUGAAGAUGAUAACGACGACGAUGAUGACACCAACAAUGACGAUUCGCCCACCUUGCCACAAUUGUCCGGCGCUCCCAAUAGCCGUAUGCUUCCUUUUAAAUUCCAGCUGCACUGCGCAAUGUUGUUCCUGACAUGGUUUGCCAUUUUCAGCAAAUAUCCCUUGAAGGAGAUCUGCCGCUGAAAACGUGGCUUUCUAAUUUGUUUUAUGCUUUUGGUGUUUUGCAACGAACUUUUUCUAGCGGGAUCUACGGAAAAUGCGAAAUUGGCCACAAAACAUGCAAAGCUGUAUCAAACACUCAAAAGGCGUAUAAGGAGCGGUAACAGGUUAUUUUGAAACAAGACAUUGAAGGACGGUGGGAGGGGAACUUCGAAUUAUAAAUCACGACAAGAGCGAGCAUAGGGAAUAUUUGAACUUGAUCAGUUGUUGGCGUUAUGGCUUCGUUUUAUGAGCACAGGUAUGCCAAUAUUUGUAACUAGGAACCUGGUGGAAAUGGUGCACGAAGAGGAUAGGGGCUGUCGACGCUUCCGAGCCUGGGAACAUCGAGGGACACGGUGAUGCUUUUACCACCACGGGCGGGGACCUAAGAACAUAGGAUUAUGGAACUGGAAGCAGAUGACAGCCGGGGCGUUCAGUGUCAAUGAUGUGAUAGACCACAGCUAGAAUGAAUGGAAUUGGUCUUAUCAUAAUUAAAGCGUCCUUCCGAAGGACUCGUGACUUGAGCAAGCUUAUUAAACCGCAAGAUCAUGUAGUAUCAGGAUUUCGUAAAAGGGGCCAUACGGUCAAAUCAAUGUAUCGAAUACAAAAUCCUCCAUCCGGUAGAACUUAUGUCUCCAGCUUCAUAAGAAGUGUGUAAUUGAUAGUCCAUAAUCUCAUUAAUACAUAGUCCAGACUCCCGGCUAAAAAGCAUAUGAAUAAUGUUUUAGUAAAUUCGUUCUUCUCUCAGAGAACUGACAAGUAAUGCUCACACCGCUUCGAGUACAUGCAAAUCUAUAAUGGCGCCAAUGCACCUAAAACAUACAUUUGAAGCUGCAGCCCAUGUGCAGAUCGGGGGGUGCGUUCCGUGAGCCGACUGUUCGAGACGCAAGCAUCCAGGCUUGGGGCAUCUUGAUUGAGUACCGAAGUGAGGCAAGAAAACUCAAGACGUCUAUCAUGAGUGACAAAAAGACUAGGGUAAGCUUAGUGUAGGUUCAGUGGACCUUAGGCUGGUUAAUUUUGGUACCUAGCCUCUAGGUCAGACGCUUUCUUGCUCCCUGAGGGGUACUUAUGCAGAAAGCCAAGCGAUGUCUGACGUGGCUGCUUAGAUAUACAGUCAAAGUCUAAAUUGACAAUGUAAAAGAUAAGCCACCAAUAUCUAUUUUUGUCAGCAGGGAUGGCUUAUGGGAGGGUAUCAGAAGUUCAUGGCGUUGUUGCCAACUGGGGGGUUGCCUUGGAACAUCGUGUUAAACCAGGGCUCCUCGAGGAAAAUACGCAUCCCAUCUUCCCACAUCCCCUGCGACCCCAUGCCCAUGCCCAUGCCUUCCAGAUCCCAGCCUGCAAAGUCAAGAAGAUCUCCAGAGUUAUAGCCGCCCAUCCCAUCCGCUGUGGGGGGUAGUGAUGGCAUUGCGGGCGCCAUUGCAGCAGCCAAAUCUGCGGGAAAUGGCUCGUUGUGGUAGGGCAUGGAGGCGGUAGAGCUUGAAUUGUUGUCGGGGGUGUCAUGGAAGAAGGGCUGCGGAGGCUGCGGCAUGUUUGAGCCCCAUCCAACCAUCGAUGGCCUGCUAGCUGAAGAGUCACGGGUUCGGGAGCCCGCUCCGGUAGCAACUUCCGAAAGGAGUUGAAGUGGAGUGUUGGCCGUAGAUGCGUGGUCAGAAGGUUGUGGCGCCGAAGUAUUGGCAGGUUGCGGAGGCUGUUGUUGUGCCUGCGAAGGAGAUUGUGUUAUCGCAGAAGCUGUUGGACCAGGCUUCGAUUCUUUGGCCUCCGACUCAGCUUGUCUAUAAAACCAGCUACGAAGCAUAACAAGUACCACGAGGAACUUGGCUGCUGGACGACAACUAUCCUCCGCUGCAGUUGCGCGGAACUUGUCAAGCAGGUUGUCAAGAUAUUUUCCGACUUGCAUAUCUUCCUUAUCAAUAACGCGGCCUAGCUCUGAGCCUGCUGCUGAGGCUGAGAAGUAGAGCUUGAUGAGCAUAACGACGGCAUAUGCAAC